AUGCGCCAGGUCCUGACAGCCCCAGAGGACGGAUACUAUACUUCUCGAACCAACGUUUUCGGCAAACACGGUGACUUUGUCACAUCGCCUGAAAUCUCCCAGGUCUUUGGCGAGCUGGUUGGCAUCUGGACUAUUGCGGAGUGGAUGUCCCAGGGCCGGAAGAAGAGUGGUGUGCAACUUAUGGAAGUUGGGCCUGGUAAAGGAACUUUGAUGGAUGAUAUGCUGCGUACAUUCCGGAAUUUCAAAAUGUUCUCUUCGAGUAUUGAGGCGAUUUAUCUCGUUGAGGCCAGUGCUACACUCAGAGAGGUGCAGAAGCGAACUCUUUGUGGAGAGGAUGCUGUGAUGGAGGAGACGGACAUUGGGCACCGAAGUAAAUGCAAGUACUUUGACGUGCCGGUCGUUUGGGUUGAGGAUAUUCGUCUACUGCCCCAUGAGGAAGGCAAAACGCCCUUCAUCUUCGCACAUGAGUUCUUCGAUGCACUCCCAAUUCACGCCUUCGAAUCGGUUCCCCCAUCACCCGAGAACGAAGUGCCAGAUGCGCCCAAGGAGAUCAUGACUCCGACUGGGCCUCAAAAACUGCACGUCCCACUCAAAUCUGCCAAUGCCCCGCAAUGGCGCGAGCUUCUUGUUACUUUGAACCCCAAGGCUAUCGACGAGAAUAUCGAAGGAGAGCCCGAAUUCCAACUGACCAAGGCCAAUGCCUCGACCCCAUCUUCACUCGUGAUUCCUGAGAUUUCGCACCGUUACAAGGCCUUGAAAAACCAGCCUGGGGCAACUAUUGAAGUGAGUCCCGAAAGCCGAAUCUACGCCGCCGAUUUUGCCCGUCGUAUCGGUGGUGAUGCCGCUCCUGCGCCCUCUAAGAAGGCUUCCUCUACUCCUCCCUCUACACCCAAGAAGACAACACCUUCUGGCGCAGCUUUGAUCAUGGACUACGGUACUAUGUCUACCAUUCCCAUCAACUCUCUACGUGGGAUCCAAGGCCAUAAGAUUGUCCCUGCUCUCUCGGCACCUGGUCAGGUUGACGUCAGCGCAGACGUCGAUUUUACUUCUCUGGCCGAGGCAGCCAUUGAGGGCAGUGACGGCGUUGAGGUUCAUGGACCUGUCGAGCAAGGGGAUUUCCUUACGGCUCUGGGUAUUACCGAGCGCAUGGAACAACUGAUCCGUGCGGCCAAGGACGAUGAGAGCAGAAAGACCUUGGAGACCGGUUGGAAGCGCUUGGUUGAGAAGAGUGGUGGUUCCAUGGGCCAAAUCUACAAGGUCUUGGCUAUUGUGCCUGAGAAUGGUGGGAAGAGACGCCCUGUUGGAUUUGGUGGAAGUGUUCAGGUCAACUAG